UGAUUUGUCUAUUUAUAUGAUAAAAAUAAAUGGCGCAGAUAGCAGCAAGGGUAUGUAAUAUAUGCGAGGAAAGCGAGGGAAAAUACGUCUGCUACGAAUGUAGUCACUUUUUGUGUGAAUGCUGUAAAUGGUUGCAUGCUAAGUUUCCAGCUAAUAGACACCAUACGGUUACGGACUCUGUAUCGAUCGAUCUUCAAACUUUCAGUUUCAACCAUAAAUGCGAACAACAUAGUCUUGAGUUUCUGCAUUUCUGUAGUACUUGCAGUUGUCUUACAUGUAACGAAUGUGUUACAUCUGAACAUAAUAGUCACGUGUAUAGAUCUGUUGGUGAUGUUGCUGCUGAUGCACGUGAAACCAUUAAAGAAAAAAUCAUCAACGUAAAGGAUAAGAUAUCACGCUUGACACAAUUAGUGGAGGAAAUCAAGUUUACGACAAUGUUACAAAUUCCAAAGGAUUACGAACAGUUCACACAUGAUGUUACACAAUUAUCACACGCUUUGAAGAACAUUGUACAAGUAGUUUCAGAUGUGAAUACUAAUCAUGCUUCUGACUUCCUGGCCCUGGAAACAGCACACUGGAAUCAGAAUCUUGCUACAGUUGAAAAAUUGUUACAAGAACACACCUUCAUAUGCACAAAGUUGGAAAAUAUCAUGACUGAAUCCCAUAAUGUAACAUUUUUUAUCAACUGUUCUGAAUUAUUGAAAGAAGUUGAAGCAUCUGAAGAUUUUCCUGUAUUUGAAGAAACGAAUAGAUUGCAUGGAUUAAAUGUGAAAGAAUUUAUCGUAAAAGUAGUAGAAAUGAUGAAGUCUCAAUACGAUAUCAGUUACCUGAGUGAGGAGUCGACGCAAUAUGAAAAUGAACUAACAAAGUUAACCGACCAAAUACGGAACGAUAAAGAAAGAUAUCAGAAAGAAACGGAAGACUUACAUGUCACAUUAACAAGCCAACAAUCCGAGAUAGAUGAACUAAAAGCAAAAAACAUAAACAAAGGAAGAUUAUAUAAGAUGGAAAUAGGAGAGUUAAAAGAUAAAAUAAAGAAUGACGAAGUGAGAUAUCAGGAAGAAACAGAACAGUUACAGGCCACACUAACAAGAAAACAAGACGAAAUGGACGAGUUUAACUCCAAAUUCCGAGAGACUAGAAUAAAUGAAAUGGAACAAACUAUUGAAGAAUUACAAUUUGAAUUAUUAAAACAUCUUGGUACAACAGAUGCUGAUUUAGAAACACAACAGUUGAAUGAGAAGAAGGAAAUAAAAGAAACAUUUACACAAGCGAACAAGUUAUACAGAUGUAGAUUCUGCAAAGGUGAAAAAGUUCAACCAAAAGGAAUGUAA